AUGAAGCAUACCACUAUUGCUUCAGUAUUUCUUGGAAUUUUGGCUUGCUGGAGUGUACUCUCGGUUAUUGCUGAAGACCGAUAUCAGUUUUUCACGUGGGAAAUUACUCAGGGAACAAUUUCUCCUCUUGGUGUUCCUCAACAGGGCAUUCUUAUCAAUGGCCAAUUUCCAGGACCUACAAUUGAAGCCAUCACUAAUGACAAUAUCGUUGUGAAUGUCGUUAACAAGCUAGACGAAAAAUUCCUCAUCACAUGGAAUGGUAUAAAUUUGAGAAGGAUGUCAUGGCAAGAUGGAGUUUUAGGAACUAACUGCCCAAUCCCUCCUAACACCAACUGGACAUACCAAUUUCAAGUAAAAGAUCAAAUUGGAACCUACACAUAUUUCCCAUCAACCAAAAUCCAUAAAGCUGCUGGUGGUUUUGGAGGAUUCAACAUUGCCCAAAGAAUUGUGAUACCCAUCCCUUAUCCUGCCCCUGAUGGAGAAUUCACCCUGCUUAUUGGUGAUUGGUACAAGACCAACCACAAGGUACUAAGGAGACUAUUGGAUGCUGGAAGGAGUCUUCCUUUUCCUGAUGCUCUUCUCAUAAAUGGCCAAAAAGAUGUAGCUGUAUUUACUGGUGAAGCAGGGAAGACAUACAAGUUCAGAGUAUCCAAUGUUGGGUUAGCAACCUCAAUUAACUUCAGGAUUCAGGGUCAUUCAUUGAAGCUCAUUGAAGUUGAAGGUUCCCACACAGUGCAGGAAACGUACGAGUCCCUUGAUGUUCAUGUGGGCCAAUCAAUGACUUUUUUGGUCACGCUUAAUGGGUCAACCAGUGACUAUUACAUUGUUGCAUCUAGCCGUUUCACCAACCCUAUUGUUCUCACUACCACAGCAACUCUUCGCUAUGCUGGCUCCAACAGUAGGGCCUCAGGUCCAUUACCAAUAGGCCCAACUACCGAUUCAGAUUGGUCCAUGAAACAAGCCAGGACCAUAAGAAUGAAUUUAACAGCUAAUGCAGCUCGGCCAAAUCCUCAGGGGUCAUUCCACUAUGGAACCAUCCCUAUUGGAAGGACACUUCAAUUGGCAAAUUCUGAAGCCACAAUAAAUAGAAAGCUAAGAUAUGCAGUGAAUGGAAUUUCCUACAUCAAUCCAAGCACCCCAUUGAAGAUUGCUGAUUGGUUUAACAUUCCCGGUGUCUUUAAUCUUAAUACUAUCAAUGAUGUUCCUCCUCCUCAAGGCACCCUUACCAAAUUGGGCACAUCUGUCCUAGGAUUUACCCUUCAUGACUUUGCAGAAAUAGUCUUCCAGAACAAUGAAAACACUGUGCAGUCCUGGCAUAUGGAUGGAUCUUUCUUCUUUGUUGUUGGAUAUGGAAAUGGCAUUUGGACACCUGAUUCGAGAAAGACUUAUAACUUGGUUGAUGGAAUUUCAAGAUACACUAUUCAGGUGUAUCCAAACUCUUGGAGUGCCAUAUUGGUGUCUUUGGACAAUAAGGGUAUGUGGAACUUGAGGUCUGCAAUCUGGCCAAGACGGUAUUUAGGACAAGAAUUGUAUCUAAGGGUUUGGAACAACGAACAGAGCCUAUACACUGAGACUAGUAUUCCUCCCAAUGCAUUGUUCUGUGGCAAGGCUAAACACUUACACUAG